AAAACAUACGAAGAGUCAUUUUACAUGAUGGAGCUUGAAAAAGAAUUCCUCCAGCUGUCGACAAAAUUUAUGUUUUUAAACUGUGGUACACAGCUGGCCGACUAUCGCAACGAGAUCAACACGCUGUUGAAUGAACUGAAUGGACUAAACUAUCGUGCCGCCCGAAUCAGCGAUGUGAGGGCCCCUGUGCGACUUGUUGAAUCGUUCGUUAACAUUCCUCCCCAAGAGGACACGUUGGUGGUGAAAGCCUGCUUUUUGAUCAAGUCACUCGUGAGCCGACAGAAAAUAUUGUUCCCCGAAGCGGUCGUCCAAGGUGUGCUGGAGUGGUUAAGAAAAUGUCUGGAAAGACGUUUCUAUCAAGUUGCUUCCGAAGUGCUCACCACAAUGCCGCUCCUGUUCCGGCAGUGCAAGAACUUGGCGCAGUUUUACGAUUUUUUCAUAUCCAACAAUGGAAUACUGAUAAACAUACUUGCCGACCCGGACUAUAGGAGGGUUGAACGAAGGCAACCAUCUACCACAUGCCUGGAUCACUGCAACACUAGCGAGCUUUACGCGGCGGCUCUUCUCUCUAUCGAGUCAAUGCUUGUGUGCUCCGAGAUGACACCCGAGACACUCGAACCGUACCUCCCGACGGUAGGAAACGCAGUGCUCGAUUUAAUAUUCAAAAUACGCUCCGAAUCGUUCCUCGAGCCGACGUUUUAUGGAUUGGUGGCGUCUGCUAUGAAUUGCUUCCGAAUCGUCGUGGAACUGAAUGCAACAGGCGACUGGACAAACGCCCAGCUCGGCCGACUUAUUGGCGUGGGAAAGGCGUUCAUGAUGUACGGUAUUCCCGACGUCGUCAAACUAUUGCCCCAGCGCAUUCCGGUAUCGCAACAAGGCAUCCCCGAACCGCAACACAUACCGAUGAGUAAGGGAGGGCGAGUGGCAAAGAAGCGUAAAACACGUACUCACCCGAGGGGCAAGAAAGGCUCAACUGGGGCGUCUCGAACAUCAGGAGGAAGUGGUCAGGACAAGCAACUAUUGCCGAAUGGUCAAAGCAAUAGGCUUCCUUACACCGAAUCUAGUAUCGUCUUAGAGUGGGUUUCGCCAGCCAAACCCUCCAGCGGAUGCAAUCUCACGAGCGAUUCUGAUUACUCUGAAACCGAGGCCACAUCAUCCCGCGAGCAAAUCGAGCGUCAUCGUGUAGCAAAGCUUCGUCAGUCGGCGCUGGUGCUUAUUGGCACGUUAGCACAGCAUGUCGAGAAACGGGUCAUGUUUGGCUACUGGCACGCCUUAUUUCCCGACGAAACCCGUUCCACGGGCACGGUGUCUCUGCUGAACUGUGUUCUCCGGGAUCCCUCGUCCAAGUGUCGCAUUGCGGCCAUCCAAGCAACUUCCUUUCUGCUGCACAAAUCCAAACCCUUCCUCAUACAGGCCGAGAGCAGCAAGAAGCCACAGGUGUCCUUUACGCCAUUUUCCGUGACACUCGGAAACAUGAUCAUUGAGAUGUAUUCGAUGCUAACUCAAGCGCUUUCGACGGAAAGUGAUCUUACCGUGUUGACGCAGCUGCUUAAAGGGUUGACCGUGUUUAUUCAGGCUACUCCUUUCCAUCGGUUGCACGCAGGGAUAGCGACGCGGUUCGUCCGGAUCGUACGCCCAUUGGUGGUACAUCGCGACUCGACGAUUAAGGUGGCAGCGCUGAUGGUGAUGGGAUUUCUCAUUUCCGUCCCAAACAUGACGGAAGAAAUUGCAUCGUUAGUUGGUAUAAGGCGGUUGGAACAGGCACCGACGGGCAAGGAAGCACGCAGCAAACCUAUUAUAAAGGCUCUGAACUUGCAAGUAGAUCACGAUGAAGAGGAGGAAGAGGAAGUGUUUGAUGAGCCGGAAAAUGAAACAGCGGAAACUCCAGAGGAUACACCAACCCCCAAUGUUGACGAAUCUUACGUGUAUGAUACGCCUCCUUCUGGGUCAGGAAUGUCCUGGCUGCUCCAAGUAGCGUUGGAAAGUUUAGGGGUUAACGGUGUUGCCAGCUCUGUCAUGACCGUGCGCAUGGAGUGUCUUCAGGUGUUGUGUGUCAUGACUGGCCACUAUUCGUUGCUGAGCGAAUAUCUUUUACUGGUGGCGCAAGCUCUUGUGAAUGCGUUUGGCGAUCCGGCAGCGGAAAUAAAACUAUACGCAGGUCGUGUUUUGGAUUUGCUUGGUCAUGCCAUAAAUAGUUCAUUACUUUUAAAAGAUACCAUCGACGUAGACGAGAUUAACGGGGCUCUGAACUUUUGGCUCACGAUUGUACCGAUCGUGACGAGUCAAAUACAAGACGUCGACUUGAUACCCUCCGUGCGAUCGGUCUGUUGUGAUGCCCUGGGGAAUAUUGGUGUGCAUGUGUUUGAAAAGCUACCGCGCGAUCGACAGCUGGCUUUAAUUUCUCUGUUGACCGGAUGCACCUUCGAUGAGGAUAGUGCCGUCGCGUCGGCUGCAGCACGUGCCUUGUCGGUGUAUAUUCUCUUUCCUUCUCUGCGGGAUGAUGUGUGCUACGUGGAAAAUACCGUUGAAUCAAUCCUGAGAUUGAUGAAGGAUCCAAAUCUAACGGCACGCAUCAAAACGAGCUGGUCGUUGGGAAACGUUACCGAUUCGCUUGUUCUAAAUCUUCACCAUCACGCUCCAGCGGAAUCGGAUCCCUCCGUUGAGCAUCGACUAAAGAUCGGUGACGAUCUGUUGCGGUGUAUACUGCAGUCGGCAAUGGUAUCCGCCAGUGAUAACGAUAAGGUCCGAAGCAAUGCCGUGCGAACGAUCGGUAAUGUUUUACAUCUACUGCGUACGCAGCAUCUGGAACAACCGGCCUGGGGCUCGCUCUGGCAGGAAGCGAUCGAACGGCUGGUACAGAACGUGUCCAACGCGAGCGGGGUUACGGUGAAGGUAAAGUGGAACGCUUGUUACGCGCUUGGAAGUAUGCUAAAGAACGAAGCCAGCUACUCGUGCCCUGCGGCAACGGACAAAGCGAGAUGGCAACGGUGUGUGUUUCCCGCACUCUGCGACGCCGUGAUACAUUCGCCCAACUUUAAGGUGCGCAUUAAUGCCGCCCACGCGCUUUCGGUCGUCUCGAAACGGGCACACUAUGGUGCGACCUUUUUCCACACGAACUGGGUCGCGCUGCUGCAGGCGCUUGAGCAGUCGGACAAUUUGGUCGACUACUUGGAGUACAAGCGUCGUGAUACGCUACAGGAACAAUUGUGCCUUUCGCUAGUGCAUUUUCUGCGGCUGGCCACGCGGGAAGAUAUCGCACCUAUGGCGGCGGCCCUGCUACCCUUGUAUGAUGCGGUACGAGCCAACUGGACGCGAGUGGUCAAUCGAAUUCUGCCAGAGAAAAGUGUUGCGCUCAUGGAAUCGUAUCAUCUUUUGGUGAAGCAGCGUGAGGGUCGCUCGGUUGGAGUAGAUUCGGUUCCGGAAUCAGCUUGGAACUUGCUAGUGAAAUGCUUCGAGUGCACCGAUCAUGCAAUAGUGGAAUAAAGCUUCGCACGAAGGAACUUGAGAUGAUAUUUUAUUUCGGUCAGUAUUACAAUAUAAUAAU